CGCACUCACUGGCCAGCUCCCCCCGUCUCGCAGCCAUCCGCAGCACCGCUCAUGCGAACCGACGUCGUGAACUCGCCGUGCAGGGUCCCCUCGCUGACCACAUCGCGACAGAAAAUGAAUCAAAGUACCGCCGCGCGGGGAUCAUAACAUUCGGGUAUACGGACGAAGAACAUGCAGCACCAGUACCAAGUGCGUUCAUUACCCACAGCGGCUUAGCACGACGUCGAUUCCCGACGGUGCGACCCCGCAGCUCGUCCCCGCGCCCGUCAACGCUGCUCCGGCGUACGAGGUCCAUCAACGCCGUGGGGACGUACAGGACAUGUACCGUAGCUACGUACGACUGUAUCUAUGCCCAACCCGCCCUCCAGCACCGAUAUACGGGCAAGCAGAGCCGGAACGGACGGGCGCACCUCUAAGCUCGCUGCACGACGCUGCGCGUCGACCGAACUCGACGGCGGCCGCGCGCACAACGACGCCCUGCACACGGUAGUCAACGACGAGCGAGUAGGACGUAUGGGCGCACCUGCACGACGCCGCGCGUCGACCAAGCUCGACGUCGCCCCAGCACACGACGAUGCCCUAUACACAACAGUCAACAGUGAGCGUGCGGACGCACGGAGAGGCCGCGGACGUGGACGUACCAGGCAGCACGAUGCCGCGCACACGGGGAAGCAGAAGAGGACGAGAGAGGCGAGGGAGCAGAGGCAGGCGGGGGGUGGGGUUGGCUUCCCCUCCUCCCCAGCUGCUCGCCUUUAUCCAUCCUCCAGACGCCCGCGGACCGCCCUCGCCCGCCAUGCACCCUCGCCCUCCUCCCUCUUCUUGCCCUCGCACCUCACUGUUCGGUUCGCGCGCGCGCGCAAUCUCCGCCGUCCGCCUCGUCAGCGUGUGCGCUGCCCUCGGACGACGGCGACGUCCCGGCCCCACGCCCCCACGUCCCCGAGCUCGUCGCAUCCCGCGCAGAACGUUCCGCAGCGAGUCUGCGACGGUGACGAUGGCGGACCGCCCGUCUCGUCGGCGGCCCCGUGUGCGUGUGCCCCUCGCGGAUGUCUCUGUCGCGUCGCCGCUGCCGACGCUCUCCACGGCCACCCCUCGUGCGUGUCCCCCUCGUGCGUGUGGGGCGGCAUAUCGCCCGAUGCGCAAGUCGCCGCUAGUGCACCCGCAUGCAGCGUGCGCACUGCUCGUGGAACCCCGCCGGAGCGUGCACGGCCGCGGCGCGCACGUUCGCUGCGUCGCACGGCGGGCACACUCCCCGUCAAGGCCUCGAGCUCGCGCGUCGGUGCGUUCGCGGCGGUCUCUCCAACACCACACCACACCCCUCCUGCACUCCUCUCGGAGCUGUGUGGACGAAAUAUAUCUUUGUUGCCGAGGACGACUUCGUGCAUGUCAACAUGCAGUCCACUGCGCGUAACGGUCCGCCGCCGC